CUUUUGUAUGUGUGAUUAUUCUUCCACCAUGUAUCGCAUGUUGAGUCUACGUUUUGCUCGGCCAGAGUUGAUGCGCGGGAUUAGAGGCGAUGGGCAAUGGGCGUCCGUGCUGCCAAGGAACUAUAGUGCGGCCGGAUACGGCAACAAAGACCUUCACCCGAAAGACCAAAAGGAGGAGGUGGGGGAGACGCAUACCCAGCGCUUCAAGAAUGCGCACCAACAAGAGGCCACUUCCAGCAAUGUAAAGUCAAAGGGUAACCGACAGUCAUCUGCAAAAGAUGACAUUCCCCCGCCGAUCAGCGACCCUCAUUCGACCGCACCCACUGAGACCGAGAGGUUGGGAGGACCGAAUCAGAAAGGGACCGGAAGCAAAAAGGGCACCUAUACCCGGACGUGAGAUGUUGGUCCAGAUAGUCAAGUAGAUGACAAGUAAUGAGCGUGUGUCUUGCAUUAGGGAGGCAUAUGUAUUAUAAAAACUCGUUGAGAAUAGUAACGUGUUCCUCGUCUAUCCUUUAGCGUAUAUAUAUAUAUAAUGGUAUUUCUACA